GAGAGCGAGACUGAGAACACAGUAAGACACUCCUUGCUUUCAUUCUCGGCUCCAUGGACACGGCCCAGAAGGAGCACUGUGGGCUCUUCUAGGGGAGGGCUGGAGGCUGGCAGGCUUCCUUAACUCACAGAGCUAUUUAGAGCUCUGGGAUUGGUGCCCAUGCCCAGGGAGUUAGCAUUCCUAAGGAAGGGAGGUGGCAUGGAAGAAAGCUUUCAAGUGGAUUCAAUAUUCUCCCCUGGGGCCCUCUGCAAAAGUCCCUCCCCCUCCCUCCCCCACAACACCAAACUCCUGAGUUUACUGAAGACUCAGCCUGACAGCAAAAGAAACAAGAAGUAUUCUCAUGGGGAGAACCCUGGAUUUGUAGAGCAUGAAGAGGAUGGAGAGGCACACGGUCAGGGGGCCACUGUACACGCACUUUGACUUGGAGAGGAGGAGCACCAAGCAGGCUGAAGCCAGACUCCGCCAAAGACUGCAGAGACUAGAGGCUAUCUGCCUGUACCAUCUGAAGGUGCUGACGCGGGAGCAGAGACAGCUCCAAAAAGAACUGCUGAGGUUGCAGCAAGCAGAUAUCAUCAAGAAAAAGUUCUCCUCUUAUCUUGGGAAUGGAAUUCAGAAAAGACUAGAAGAUGUUCUCGUGUUCUCACCACAGAGAGGGCAGAAGCACAGAGUUCCACAGGCUAAUAAAGCUAGAGCACCGGCAACCAAUAUGGACCAAAAAAUAUACAAAACCAAGUCCCAGAUGCCUCCUUUCCUUCACACUGGCCUCAAGGACCCCAUGAGAAGCAAAAAUCAAUCACUGACUCAAAAUGACAGAACUUCCCACUUCACAGAAGACAAGUCACAAGCCCAAGAGAAAGAUUCUAUAAACCCGCCGAAGAGCAAAGCCUCCAACGAGGGCAUCUCUACUCUGUGUCAAGAUCAAGAAGCCUCCACCCACACCCUAGACCAAGGCCCUGGUUCCUGCCCAGCUGGUGAUAGCAGAAUGGCACAUGUUGAUGAGACCAGAUCAAAAGAUGCCAACCAAAAGCCAGACCACAAUGCUGGAAACCAGAUUCCCCCGAAUCCCAUGGAAUGUGCAGCAGACUUCAAAGGCGAGUCCACAGCAUCAACCUACUUAGAGUUGUUUGCAAAGGCCAGAAAUGCCCACUACCUCAGGCACAGGGUCCCUCCUGAGUCUGAGAGAUUGCUUAGCAUUGGAGAGAUAUUCGGGCACAAGGAAUCCUUAUGUCCAGAGCAGGAAAGGGGUGUGAGAACAGGGUGACCAUCUAAGUUACUUCCUCUCUAACCAUCUAAUAAACCUCACAAUCACUAUAGAAAUGUGCUCCUCAAGUAACUGUAGUAAGCAAUGCAAAUAUAUAUAAGUCAAUGUUGUUAUAAACCCUCAGGUUUUUUUCUUUUACUGGCAUAUAAUCUUUCACUUAAUGAGCAAUGCUGGUAUAUAAAAAAUGAGGGGAGAGAGGAAUCUUCUGAAAAGAUUUUAAGCAAUGCACAUGUGUUGCUAAUAUCAUCAAAAAUGUAAAUCUACAUUGAUGACUAGACUUCCUGCGAGAGAAAAUGUUAAGCGUCCACCUUUCCUCGUAUGAGGUUCUUAUGCUGCCACCUGCUGGCAGAAUGGCAUAGUUCUUCUGUUUGUUUUAGUUUCACACAUUAACGGUGAGAAUGGGAACUCAAUUGAAAAUAUGUACUGUAAUAUGGUUUAUAAAUAAAACCUUCUCUCCUGCCAUA